GCGCGGGCGGGGCGCGAUGUCCCUCGGGAUGUCCCUCGCCGGCCGCCGUCGCGUCACGUGAGCGGCGUCACAUGACGGCGGCCGCGCCGGGUCCGUCGGGUGCGCGGUGCUGGCCGCGCUGCCCGGGGCCGCCCGCCGCCUCCUCUCGUUCUUCUUCCUCCUUCCCUCCGUCCCUGCACGCCCCUGCGGUACAUUUAAUUAUCAGUCAAGAUGGAUAUCCGAGGUGCUGUAGAUGCUGCUGUCCCAACAAACAUCAUUGCUGCCAAAGCUGCUGAAGUUCGGGCAAACAAAGUAAACUGGCAGUCAUAUCUCCAAGGUCAGAUGAUUUCAGGUGAAGACUGUGAAUUCAUUCAAAGAUUCGAACAGAAAAGAAAUCCAGAAGAAAAACAGGAGUUGUUGCAAACAGAAGGCAAUCAAUGUGCUAAAACAUUUAUAAACUUGAUGACUCAUAUCUCCAAGGAACAGACUGUUCAGUACAUUCUGACUAUGGUUGAUGAUAUGCUGCAAGAAAAUCAUCAGCGUGUUUGCAUCUUCUUUGAUUAUGCAAAACGUGGUAAAAACACUGCAUGGUCCUAUUUUCUGCCAAUGUUGAAUCGACAAGAUCUCUUCACUGUGCAUAUGGCAGCAAGAAUUAUUGCCAAACUGGCUGCAUGGGGGAGGGAGCUGAUGGAAGGAAGUGACUUGAAUUACUAUUUCAACUGGAUUAAAACUCAGCUUAGUUCACAGAAACUACGCGGUACAGGGGGUUCUGUGGAUACAGGAGCAGUAUCCACAAGUGAUAGUUCCCAGUAUGUACAAUGUGUUGCUGGAUGUCUGCAGCUGAUGCUCAGGGUCAAUGAAUACCGCUUUGCAUGGGUAGAAGCAGAUGGAGUAAAUUGCAUCAUGGGUGUCCUGAGCAACAAAUGCGGUUUUCAGCUCCAGUAUCAGAUGAUUUUCUGUGUGUGGCUGCUGGCUUUUAGCCCUCAGAUGUGUGAAUACCUUCGUCGGUACAAUAUUGUCCCUGUGCUGUCAGAUAUUCUUCAGGAAUCUGUCAAAGAGAAAGUAACCAGAAUCAUCCUUGCAGCAUUUCGGAAUUUGUUAGAGAAAUCUACUGAGAGAGAAACUCGCCAAGAAUAUGCUCUUGCCAUGAUUCAGUGUAAGGUUUUAAAGCAGCUAGAGAAUUUGGAUCAGCAGAAAUAUGAUGAUGAAGACAUCAGUGAAGAUAUCAAAUUUCUACUGGACAAGCUUGGAGAGAGUGUGCAGGACCUCAGCUCCUUUGAUGAAUACAGCUCUGAGCUCAAGUCAGGAAGGCUGGAAUGGAGUCCUGUGCACAAAUCUGAGAAAUUCUGGCGGGAGAAUGCUGUAAGACUAAAUGAGAAGAAUUAUGAACUACUCAAAAUCCUGACCAAACUUCUGGAGGUUUCUGAUGAUCCACAGGUGCUGGCUGUAGCUGCUCAUGACGUGGGAGAAUAUGUGCGACACUACCCCCGUGGGAAACGAGUGAUUGAACAGCUUGGUGGUAAGCAGCUGGUCAUGAACCACAUGCAUCAUGAAGACCAGCAAGUUCGUUAUAAUGCACUACUGGCUGUGCAGAAGCUGAUGGUUCACAAUUGGGAAUACCUUGGGAAGCAGUUGCAGUCAGAACAACCUCAAACGGCCACCGCACGGAGCUAAACAAUUCUGUCAAUUCAGGCAGUUUGUGCUGACAGCUACAGUGUGUUUGUCUUAAAAUCAAUAUAAAGGAAAUACUGAAAUCACAUGCUCUUUGUCUGCUAUGGGUGCAUAAACAUUCCAACUUCCCUCUAGUGUUGAUGGCUUACUAGAAAUUUGUUUGUUCAAUUAGUUCUGCUGAUUAUGCCUAUUAGCUUCUUGUUCUAUUCUGAAUGUAUAUGAAGAAAUGUGGCUAAUAUAUUGCAUUUGUUUUAUGUAUUUAUUCUCAUAAUAAAGACUAUUAUUAAAGGA